AUGAAAAUUAAAGAAACAGCAGGAAAAGAUGAUCCGGAUCCGGCAGCAUUCCUACUUGCUGUAAAAGAAGUAAAUAGACUUCUGGAGAAUGAUCAAUUCCCAAGAUUUAAACGAUCUGAUGUUUAUAUUAAUUUCCUGGAAAAAGUUAUGCCACGAUCAUAUGCUGAUAAAUGGGCAACUAGUUUUGAAGCACUUGUUGGAAAUCAGGUUGGUCGAUAUUAUUUCCGCUAUUUCCUGCGAAGUAUUCAUGCCGAAGAAAAUUUACGUUUUUGGGAAGCGGUAAUUGAGUAUAAGCAAACCAAAAAUAAAAGUACUGCAAUGCUUAAUAUGGGUCGAAAUAUUCAAAAACAAUAUUUGGUUGAAGGAACAACCAAUGAGGUUAAUACAACAACAACAACAACAACAACAACAACAACAACGAAAAUAACAACAGUAACAACGAGCAAUAACAACAACAGCAACAACGAAAAUAACAACAGUAACAACGAGCAACAACAACAACAACAACAAAAGCAACAGCAAAAAACAACGAAAAUAAUAACAGUAACAAAAGCAACAACAAUAACAACAACAAAAACAACAAUAACAAUAGUAACAAGAAAGAAAAGACAACAACGAAAAGAAUAA